UUAUGAUCUUGUUUUGUCACACUUUUAAUACUUUAUUUCUCAUUUUUAAAUAAAAAGGAAUGCUCUUUAUCAUUUUGGACAUUUUAAGGUAUUGCACUUGUUUUGGUAUAUUUUUGAGUUUCAGGAUAAUUCGGGACGAAUAUUAAUUUCUGAAAAGAAAUAAAUAUUACUCCCGAAUGAAGACGGAAAAAUCAUCAAAGUGAAGUGGGUUCUUACUUUAACUCCGGAAUAUUUUAUCAAGAGUCCCGAAAUACAUUUUAGAAUAAGUCAGACUGUCCGCAAUAAAACGUACCGGUUAAUUGCUGACCAGUUAACUGAUCAAACAAUUAACCGGUCAAAUAAUGCAAGUGGCGGAUACAAGCCAAAACUUUGGCUGACAGGUACUAUUCACUCCUUAUUAUGAGUGAAACUCCAUACGUAGGAAGCUCCCAAGAAUGAAAAGAAAUAAAUACAUUGCAUUAUGAGAGGGACCCAUUCAAUAGUGAUGACUUUAGUUUCUUCCACACAAUUGAAGCUCUACACACGUAUCAUCUUCACCAUUCAGCAACAAACCAAAAGAAGCUCAAUCAAAGUUCAUGACAGGCGCCGCAGAAGAAGAAAAAUGAGUCCAGAGCACUAUUCUUCAAUAGGAACUCAAUUCCAUCACCAUCUUCAUCAUAUGACUUUUGUGCUCCAAGCUAUUCUGAAGUUGCCUAUAUAAAGAGCCAUUUGGGAGCUGCGAAAACACACCAAUUCAGAGAGGAAUCAUCCUCUUCUUUCUUUAGCUUUGUUCAUAGUAGUAGCAAUAAAAUAAAAGUGAUUCUGCCAAGAACACUUUCUGUAUAGAUUUCAGUUUGUAAUUCUCAGUUCCAAAAUAUUAGCUUGUGAUAUUUGGUAUUAAAGUUCAUUUGCAAUUAUCAGUUCGUUCGAUCAGUUCCAGAUUAAUACAAGGACUUCAGCUUUUCUGUUCCAGUUCAUCUAUGUUCUUCAUUAUUUAUGCCUUCAGGCACUGAUGAUGAGUUCCUUGUGAAUGCGACUUUGGUACGGAGUGAUCCUGAAGCGGGGAGGAGCAUGGUGCAACUUGCCGGAAUAUUGUGCAACUGCAUAUGCUCACACUAGAAAUCUUACCCUAGAUCCCAAGCCGUACUCCUUUAAAGACAUCCUGAGCAAAAAAAAAAAGAGGAGAAUCCAGGGCACCAAGAUCUAUUUCAGAGGCGCACGCAUAUACAAAACAGUAAUGCAUGAGUUGCUUUACAAGUUGGGAAUGACAACGGCGAAAAAUGCUCUCUUAGUAGGCGGUUCAGCGGGAGGAGUGGCGGUGACGCUACAUUGUGAUGGAUUUCAUGAUCUUUUACCGCACGCUACCAGAGUAAAAUGUUUGUCUGAUGCUGGAUACUUUUUUCCUUCGAAAAAGUAUGGGCAUGGAGAAAUAUUCACUCAAACUUUUCAAGGACUAAUGGCACAUGGGUCAAUUAAAGCCUUGCCCGAAGAAUGCACAUCCAGAAUGAGUCCAUAUCUGUGUUUCUUCCCUCAAAAUGUACAAGAACACAUCAAAACGCCCAUCUUCUUCCUGAUGUCCGCAUUUGAUACGGUUCAGGGAAUGAUACAAUAAAGAAGUGUCUCACUACUUCCCUGAAUUGCUCAACUGACAUUAUUAAAACAUUGCAAGAUCUAAGAUUGGAAUUUCUCAGCGUGUUGCCAAAACUAAGCAAUGCAUCAUCAAGAGGGAUUUUGAUUACCUCCCCUACAACUCACGAACAACUGUCCAAUUAUAGAUGGAACAACGAUAUGGUUGUAGACGGGAGUGACGAGAAAAUCUCUAAACUAUUUGGCGACUGGUACUUUGAGCGAAAAGCCGUUCAAAUUAUCGACAAAUAUGCAUGUCCUAUAAUUGUUCCGUAAGAAACAAUAACGGUAAUAAUGAUACGGUGCCAGCUGCUAUCUUCAACAAGGGAUUAAUUUUAUUGAUCCUUUUAUUGAAUUGGAUGGUUGUCUUGUUAUAAUAUGAUUAGUAUCGAUGAUAUGUUCUUAUCAUGUUAUGUACUUGAUACUUGUUCUGUUGUUAAUUAAUUGUUGGAAUAUUGUUUUGACAUACGUUUGCUAUCAUAUGACUGGCAAUUAAUAUAUUGCGUAAUGCUCUGUUAAUUAAAAUUGUAAAAAGUUG